AUGCAACCGCUUUCUAUCACUCUGUACACCUCGAUGAGAGGCUUGCAGCCCUGGGGAACUCCAGUGCCAUGCCAUGGCGCACGAAGCAAUUCCAACUGCUUUGGCGGGAAAUCCAAGCUGACGGUCGGCUUGAUCUGCCGAGACGUUAGACCGCCUAGAAGCUACAGAUUCAGCACCAGCGCCGCUGACGCCGCUGCUGACGCGAUCGGCCUAGAUGAUUCGUCAGCGACUCCGAUCGCCGAGUCGCACGGGGCGCUUCGCAACGAGGCGAUUCGCAAUGUAGCGAUUAUAGCCCACGUGGAUCACGGCAAGACGACGCUCAUGGAUCGCCUCAUCCGCGCCUCGAGCUCCGCUGCUGCGACCACCACCUCCGCCAGCGGCGGCGGCGGCGGAGGGUCGGGAUCGUCUGAGUUGCCAUGCGAACGAGUGAUGGACUCGAUCGCUCUGGAGCGAGAACGAGGAAUCACGAUUGCGAGCAAGUACACCUCGGUCACAUUCAAGGGCACCACGCUCAACCUCGUGGACACUCCUGGUCAUGCCGACUUCGGAGGGGAGGUGGAGCGGGUGAUGGGCAUGGUGGAUGGGGCGCUGCUAUUGGUCGACGUGGCGGAGGGGCCCUUGGCUCAGACCAAGUUUGUGUUGGGGAAGGCCCUGCAGAGGGGCUUAAAGCCCAUCGUCGUGCUCAACAAGUGCGACCGGCCUUCAGUGACCACACAGAUGGUGCAUCAAGUGGAGUCAGCCAUCUUCGACCUCUUCGCUUCUUUUGAUGCCACAGAGGAGCAGCUGGACUUCCCGGUGCUCUAUGCCUCGGCCAGGCACGGCUGGGCCAGCUGCUCCUGGCCUCCGCCCCAGCUCACGGCAACAGGGGCUGAGACAGCAGCAGCAGAAGCAGCAACAGAAGCAGCGAAGGGGGAGAGUGGAGUGAUGCCGAUUCUUGAGGCCAUUCUGGACCGCGUGCCACCCCCUGUGGUGGACCCAGCAGCGCCCUUUCAGAUGCUGGUGUCACUCAUUGACAGGGACCCAUUUCUUGGACGCUUGCUCAUUGGCCGGAUAGCGUCGGGUUCAGUGCGCGUGGGGGACAGAGUGCGGGCGCUGAUGCGGGACAGCGAGGGAGAGGCGGUUACUCUAGAGGAGAGCAAGGUGGUGAAGCUGGUGAAGCGGAGGGGAGUGAAGUCUGAGGACAUGAGUGAAGCGGCAGCAGGAGACAUUGUGGCAGUAGCGGGAUUGACACAUGCACACGUCUCACACACGCUCGCGGAUCUAUCGGUCUCCAAGCCCCUGCCAGUUGCAGCUAUCGACCCUCCCACAAUCGCCAUGACCUUCAGUGUCAACGACUCGCCUCUGGCCGGGAGACACGGCACCCAGAUGACCGGCCCAAAGAUCGGCGCGCGGCUCAAGGCAGAGGUGGCGACCAACGUGUCCCUGGGACUGGAGCCUGGUCCCUCUGCGGACGCGUUCAAAGUGUUGGCCAGGGGCGAGAUGCAGCUGGGUGUGCUUAUAGAGAGUAUGCGCAGGGAAGGGUUCGAGCUCUCCAUAUCGCCAGCAACCGUGCUGUAUCGUGAAGAGGGUGGGAAGAAGCUGGAGCCGAUUGAAGAGCUCAUGGUGGAGGUGGACGAGGAGUAUGCAGGGGCAGUCAUCGAUGCCAUCUCUCUCAGAAAAGGGGAGCUCCUCGACAUGAUCACAGAAUCCUCCUCUUCCGAGUCUAGCUCGUCUGUUGCUGACUCAGUGACGCCUUCCACGUCAUCACCUUCACCAUCCACGUCAUCGCCCUCCUCCGCCAGCUCAGCAUCCUCCUCUCUCUCGCGUUCACGUCUUCUCUUCACCUGCCCUUCCAGGGGCCUGCUGGGAGUGCGGGGGGUGCUCAACACGGCCACUAGAGGCACAGCAGUGCUGCACCGGUCCUUCCUGCGUUAUGAGCCUUGGAGGGGGCAGCUGGAGCGAGGGCGCAAAGGGGUGAUUGUAUCGAUGGCAACAGGUACCAUCACAGCCCACGCCCUCUCCUCUCUUGAAGCUCGGGGCACGCUCUUUGUCAGCCCUGGAGACGAGACAUAUGACGGCCAUAUCAUAGGAGAGAACGCCAGGGACGAUGAUAUGGAGGUGAACCCUGUACGCACUAAGGAGCUCACCAAUAUAAGAGCAGCGUCCAAGGAUGAGAACAUUCGCCUCACACCUCCCAGACAGAUGAGUCUGGAGGAGGCCAUGGGGUAUGUGCAAACAGGCGAGCUGGUGGAGGUGACUCCUGCUGCCAUCCGCCUUCGAAAGAAAGAGCUGAGCUCGUCCAAGCGAAAGACCUCCAGGCGUAACCAGAAGGAGUGA